AUGAAUCCCAGGCCGGUCCAGUCAGGCCGACGCCAACCUCCCACCACUUCCGAGCAGGCUUCGGAUGACGCCGUCAGCCACACGGCUGAUUGGCCACCGGGCUCUGUCAAUUUGAGCAUUGAAAACGAGCCAAUCAAUGAUGAGUUUGUCUCUGAGGUGGAUGCAAUUUUUCAGUUGGGAGGGUUGUAUGCGGAUCUGGGUGAACAACUGGCAUAUGUACCAAGACAAUAUGUCAUUGGAAUGUAUGCCAUCUUAUCAGUCAGGCAAGCCAUUGAACAGCUCCGUCAAGAUGUCCUCACCAUCCCUCGUGCUCCAGGAGUGGCGUCAGCAGCAAUGCCCAUGGCAGUCCAGGCUCGCAACUUCCACUAUGUGGCAGUAUUUAGAAACUUUGUUACCCGACAAGCCCGAGAGCUCUUGAUGAGCCGAAAUUUGGGCGUCUACAGUUCUGACACACCUCGGGGGGCUCCCAGGAAGGCAAGAGGCCUCCUCACUUUGGUCCUGGAAAAGAUUAAUGCUCAGAAUGACCAGUUCAAGAGCAGUUACCUGCCACGCGGAUAUUCUGAUCCUGAUCCCGCUGCUCAAGGCAGUGUUGACACCUAUGUACGAGGCAAACUCAGGAACAGCCGAGGGAAGAUGAGGGACUUGCUCCUCACAAACAUUGAUAUGGAAUCUGAGGUUGCAGUUCCAACAAUUUCUGCCCUCUUGGGUUUGAUGAGGUCUAGUUUGACCCCACCGCUCCCCAACAGUGCACCAGCAACAGACACCACGGACAAAGGGCGGAGGGAACUUGCCCUUUUGAAGGCUCGGUUGGCUUAUCUGCGACUCCAACAAUAA